AUGGCACAACCAAACAACCAACAAUCCGGCCACCCGCUCAUCAAGCCUGGGCAGGUCGAAGGCCUUCCUCAGCUUACAACCCUGCAGAAAGAGCACUACAAAGCAGGUCUCACAAAGCUUUACAGUGUGCUCCAAAGCAACCCACCAGGCAGCGCAGAGCACAAGGCGGCGGAGGCCAAGAUACGGGAGGCCAGCGUGAAGAUCAUGCAGCAGAUCAGUGGUGCCAAUCGGCCCAAUACUGGUGGCGCACAACAGCAGCCGCAACAGCAGCAGCAGCGACCUCAAAGUCAGCAGGGCGGGAAUCAGGGAGGAAUGCCGCAGUCAGUGGGUAUGGCCCAGCAGGGUAGCCAACAAGGUGGACAGCCUGGACAAGGACAGCAAGGCCAACAGCCGCAGCCGCAGAUGAGUCAGAACGUGAGAAACGAGCUGCAAAACAUUGUCGUGAACUUUCCGCCGCAAGUAUAUGGACAGGGCCAGCAAAGCAUGAACGCAUACAGGACUCAGUGGUACAGGAAGGGUGCCCAGAUCCUGAACAAGAUCGAGGGCUUGAAGGCAAAGGGACAAGGUCUACAGCGGCAGCAACAAGGCGGACAAGGGGACCAACAAGCUGUACAGCGCGAGCUCCAGAACUGCAAGAACGAACUCAUGCAGUCCAGGAACGAGUGGGAGCAGCUCAAGAAUACCAACCAGAAGUUCGCGCAAGGUCAAGGACAGGGUAUGCAGCGUCAGCAAAGUAACCAGGGCCCAAGCCAGCAGAUGAAUGGCGCUCAGCAGCAGCAGCAGCAGCAACAACAUUCGAUGCAGCAAGGCGAUGUGAAGAUGCAGAUGGAUCCUGGGUCUGCCCAGUCCCCCCAGCCGUUGCAGGGUGGAUUCCAGCAAGUACAGCAGCAGCAAGCGCAGCCACCACAAAGCCAAGUCGCUCCUUCACAUCAAAACAUGUCGCAGCCGCCUCAGUCCGCGCAUUCACAAACGCCACAAAGCGCGAACCAACCUCAGCCACCGCAGCAGCAGCAUUAUCCUCAGCAUCAAAACAUGCAGCAGCAGCAGCAACAUCCCAACCAACCGCAGCGCCCGACAUUGAACGCACAGCACAUGCAACAAGCCCAGCAGAACAUGGUACAAGCGCAGCAACAACAGCAGCAGCAUCACAACAACCCUGCAAUGCCACAAGGCGGGAAUCAGCAACAGAUGCCCCGCCAGCAACAACCACAACAGCAGCAACCUCCUCCUACCCUCUCCCACCAAGCGGCGAUCAACCAGGCCGCAGAGUCUUAUUCGCGCCAGCAAGCGCAGACCCAGCAGCAACCCCAGCAACAGCAGCAGCAGCAGCAGCAGCAAAUGCCCCAAGUACCCAACGGCCUGCCCCUCAAUCAACCCCAAUCCGCCACCCAACAGACUCCCACCUCCGCCUACCCUACCCUGCAGCAAAACAAGACACCAGCCGGCGGCAGCAACUCCCUCGGCCGCCCUCUCCAGCUCGACCCCCGCACCCAGCAGCCCGUGCAAGGCCAGCCCUCCCGCCCUACCUACGCCAACGCCGGCAUGCUCUCCCAACCGGGCAUCCAGCGCCCCGCCCAAUUCACCCUCGAAGGCGAAGGCGACCGCGUGCUCUCGAAGCGCAAACUCGACGAGCUAGUCCGCCAAGUCACCGGCACCGUCUCCUCGGACGACACGAACGCGCUCGCGCCGGACGUUGAAGAGAGUGUCUUAACGCUGGCGGACAAUUUUGUGGAUGAAGUGAUCACGGCGGCGUGUCGGUUGGCGAAGUUGCGCCCGGCGCAGACGUUGGAUGUGCGGGAUAUUCAAAUCGUGCUGGAGAGGAAUUAUGGAAUAAGGAUCCCCGGGUAUGGGUUGGAUGAGGUGCGGACGGUGCGGAAGUUCCAGCCGGCGGCGGGGUGGCAGCAGAAGAUGCAGGCGGUGCAGGCGGGGAAGGUGAUGGGUGGGGGUGGGAAUAAGGAUUUGUAG